UUGUGGCAACAAUUAUAUCUAGUGUCGUGUCCUCAAUAAUGUCUGGUGAAAGAACAACCCAUUAAGGGCUUGUUCGGUUAUUUUCAAUCCAUAUAGAUUGAAGGAGAUUGAUACGGAUUGAGAGAGAUUUUGACUUACUAGGGAUUGGAACCCCCUCAAUCUCCCUCAAUCCAUAUGGAUUGGGGUAGAAACGAACAAGCUCUAAUGCUUCAAGAUUCUUGUCACCAUUGAUGAUGGAGCCUUCUGUAGCUUCACGAUAUAGUGGUACUACCAAGAUGAUUCGAGCAUCAUCUCUCAUUAUUUGAGACAAGUCUAUUAAAAGAGAAAUGUGCCCUUAGACCAUUUCUAGUUGUUUUGGUGAUUAAAUACCCAACACACCAUUUUGAACUAACCAUGUUGAUAAGAGCAUGAGCACAUAUGUAAAGAAAACAAAUUGAAGAUAUCAAGUUCAAAAGAGCACAAACAUGGACCCAAGUGAGCAACUUGAUGUAAAAUGGUACACGUGUAAGGUUUGCACUUGUAAAUAUGUUGCAUAUGUCCAUUACAAUGUUUCUAGUAGUGUUUGGGCUCUAACAUAUUUUUUAGAGAAAAACACCUUUUGGUCUUGAGUUUGCAAAUAUUGCAAAUCAUUUUAAAAUGGAGUGAUAAAGGUAUGAUCCUAACAUUUAGUCAAUUGCUUUACUUGCUAACUAUGUUUUUCUGAGUGCUUAGAGGACCUCUUAAGUCGAGCCAAAAGAAGCCAAAGGAGUUUGGCACAAAAGUGAAGGCAGACGCUUCCAACUUGAGAACAUGCAAGCAUUAAGUAAUUGCAUAUUUGAUUAAACCAUUCUUUAUCCAAUCUAAUAGUCAAGCUAUUUUAUGAGAAGGCUAAAAUGUUAGCUAUAAGUGACAUGACAUUGGUUUGCAGCCAGUAGCAGAUCGUAUUAUUAAACUUGCUCUAAGGACAUGUACAACUCAAUUAAAUGAGGGAUCUCUUGAUGAGUCUAUAGGGGGCUAAGUGAAAAACAAGAGUUUGUCUAUUUACGACUCUCUAUGUAUAUUGUAUUUUGUCGCAUUAAUUAUUUAUAGACUCAUAGUUGUAUCGUGCUAUCUCUUAACUGUCUUCAGUAGAGCGUGCAAAAUAGAGGAUACAUAACUGUAGAUAUAUUGUUUGAUAAUGUUUGCAGAGACGGAUUUGAAAUAGGUAAUAAGAUAGAAGAUAGAGAAUACGUGGGACUUGGGAGAUCGUCUUAUACCUAGAAAAUCGUAGGUCUCUUGUACAUGCCCUAACCACCAACAAAAUCAAUUCCUGACAAUCACAAUCUGACAAUCACAACACUGUGCGUGCAAACAAAUUUGCCUUGGAAUCUUUGAGAUUAAACAAAUCGCUAAUCACCAACGCACUGAAGCGCUUGCUUUUAAUAUUACUAUUAUAUUGUUAUUUGUAUAUAAUAAAUCUUGUCAGAUUAUAUCCGAUUCCUCUGUCCACUAUACGGCAUGUCUGACCUGUUGAGUCGAUCGAAACUCUCCCUCCCUGGACCGCCUUCAGAUCCAGCAGUCAAACUUCCCCGUCCCCGGCGACCGUGGGGCCCACCACCCGAACUUCUUCGCAGAACACCAGACAGACCCCACGCCGGGCCCGUUCCAGUGGACCAUUGGGCUCAAGAACAGCCCGACGUGGGAUGGGAGUGUCCUCAAACCCAUCCGGGAUCCGGCCAUCCCGCACGCCUCGUCCUCACUCCUCAGUCCUCACCCCCGACACAGGUCUCGCUGGUAGCUUGCCCUCGUCUGCGCCACGCCUCCUCUAGCCCACCUCCUGCUCCUCCCCCACUCGCACAGUGCUCAAUGCCGCACAAACCCUAGUGCCCCCACUCCCUGUCUCGCGUGGCAGCCAUGGGAAACUGUUGCCGCUCGCCGGCCGCCGCGGCGCGGGAAGACGUCAAGUCGUCGCACUUCCCGGCCUCCGCCGGCGGGAAGAAGAAGCCCCACCAGGCGCGGAACGGCGGCGGGGGCGGCGCCGGGGAGAAGAAGCGGCUGUCUGUGCUCGGGGAGGAGGGGUGCGACGUUGGCGCCGGGAUCGAAGAGAAGUACGCGCUGGACCGGGAGCUCGGGCGCGGCGAGUUCGGCGUGACGUACCUGUGCAUGGACCGUGGCACGCGGGAGCUGCUGGCCUGCAAGUCGAUCUCCAAGCGGAAGCUGCGGACGCCCGUCGACGUGGAGGACGUGCGGCGGGAGGUGGCCAUCAUGCGGCACCUGCCCAAGAGCCCCACCAUCGUGUCCCUGCGGGAGGCGUGCGAGGACGACGGCGCCGUGCACCUCGUCAUGGAGCUCUGCGAGGGAGGGGAGCUGUUCGACCGCAUCGUCGCCAGGGGCCAUUACACGGAACGCGCGGCGGCCGCGGUCACGCGCACCAUCCUCGAGGUCGUGCAGCUCUGCCAUCGCCACGGCGUCAUCCACCGGGACCUCAAGCCCGAGAACUUCCUCUUCGCCAACAAGAAGGAGAACUCGCCGCUCAAGGCCAUCGACUUCGGCCUCUCCAUCUUCUUCAAGCCCGGCGAAAAGUUUUCGGAAAUUGUGGGAAGCCCAUACUACAUGGCUCCUGAAGUCUUGAAGAGGAACUAUGGACCUGAAAUAGACAUAUGGAGCGCUGGUGUUAUCUUGUAUAUUUUGUUAUGUGGUGUUCCUCCAUUUUGGGCUGAGACUGAACAAGGAGUUGCACAAGCUAUUCUUCGGGGAAAUGUAGAUUUUAAGCGAGAACCCUGGCCCAAUGUUUCAGAUAAUGCUAAAGAUCUUGUUCGGCAGAUGCUUCAACCUGAUCCAAAGCUCAGGCUAACAGCAAAGCAAGUUCUUGAGCAUCCCUGGCUUCAAAAUGCUAAGAAAGCUCCAAACGUUCCUCUUGGAGACAUUGUAAAGUCAAGGCUGAAACAGUUUUCAAGGAUGAACAGAUUCAAAAGAAGAGCUCUAAGGGUUAUUGCUGAUCACUUGUCGGCUGAAGAGGUUCAGGACAUAAAGGAGAUGUUCAAGGUGAUGGAUACUGAUAAUGAUGGUAUAGUUUCUUAUGAAGAGUUAAAGAGCGGGAUCGCAAAUUUUGGUUCUCAUCUUGCAGAAUCAGAAGUGCAAAUGCUUAUCGAAGCUGUGGAUACAAAUGGUAGAGGAGCACUAGAUUACGGUGAAUUUUUGGCUGUCUCGCUCCAUUUACAAAGGAUGGCAAAUGACGAGCACCUUCGGCGGGCCUUCCUAUUUUUCGACAAGGAUGGCAACGGUUUCAUCGAGCCCGAGGAGCUUCAGGAAGCCCUGAUGGAGGACGGGGGAGCUGAUACCAUGGACGUGGUCAAUGACAUAUUGCAAGAAGUUGACACAGACAAGGAUGGGAAAAUUAGCUACGACGAAUUUGUAGCGAUGAUGAAAACUGGCACGGACUGGAGGAAGGCAUCGCGGCACUAUUCAAGAGGGCGCUUCAAUAGCCUUAGCAUAAAGCUGAUAAAAGACGGGUCUGUAAAGCUGGGUAGCGGGUGAGGUUGCAGCUCUGCAACCGAUGCUCUUCUCUUCUCUUCUCCACGCAUUGCCCCUCGGGCCCACUAAUGAUUAUUUGUGGUCCGGGAUUUAGAUAGUCGGAGCCUCCCUGAUUGGUUUACUCGUGUAAUUAGCAGCCUUUUCCAGUGUCGCUGGGGAGCAUCUGCUGAAGGAUUGCACACCUGCACGCCUGCUCAUCUCCUCCGGUGUAGUACCUGACGCUCAAAAUGUUGUAAAAAUGUUUUGGUGUUGACCUCAAAUAUAAUGCAAUUUGCUCGCUGGUA